AUGUCCACCCCAGCCAUCCCCCCCUCCUACCACUUCAUUUUCACAACUCUCGACCCCCUCCUCGCCACCGGCGGCCUCCUAACCACGCUAUUCCUCCCCAAUACCUUCCUGGAGUCUUACUUCCCCCAUCCCACUAUCAGCCCGGAGACUCGCUUCACCCUCGACGCCAACGCCGGCUUCUUCGCCUCAACCCUAGCGCUCCAAAUCGUGUUACUCCGGAUACGACCGAACGACGUCGGGGUCUGGAAAACGCUCCAAGCGGCGAUUGCGCUGCAGGAUCUUGCUUUUCUGGGGCUGGCGGUGGUGAGGGGUGCUUUUGUUGCGGGGUUGGGGUUCGGGGGUGGGAAGGCCAAAGGUGCUUGA